CCAAAGCCCAGACCUCUCGGCAGGGGCCCCAUUCCGAGCACCCACGGAAGACCCCUGGCCGGCGGGCUGGCAUCUGGCUGGUCAGGGUGGGCCGGACCCCGGAGCUCCAGGGGCCGCCGGACUCCCCGCCUCUCUGCGCCCGGAGCGGCGCCGCCGCGUCUCCGGAACCCGCGCGUCCGCAGUCGCGGUUCCGGCCGGAAUUCCUCCGCGCUGCACGCGGGCGAUGGCCGCGCUGGUCGGGAGGCGAGCUCGGGACGUGCUGAAGCGCGCGCACUUCGCGACCGUCCCGCGGAGACACCGGCACAAGAAGAAAUGGGCUGCCACAGAGCCCAAAUUUCCUGCCACCCAACUGGCUCUGCAGAAUUUUGACAUGACCUACAGUGUGCAAUUUGGUGAUCUUUGGCCAUCCAUCCGGGUCAGUCUCCUUUCAGAGCAGAAGUAUGGUGCGCUGGUUAAUAACUUUGCUGCCUGGGAUCAUGUGAGUGGGGAGCUGGAGCAGCUGAAUGCCAGGGACUUUGUGAGUGAAGCCAUCUCCCACGGGGAACCAGAGCCAGAGAGUGUCCAAACUACAACUCCACCUCAAGCUUCUGGGGCCUACAGCCCGAACCUUCGAUGCUUCACUUUUGCCAGAGGGGAUGUCAGUCGGUUCCCUCCUGCCAGGAUUGGCAGCCUGGGUGUCAUGGACUACUACCUGAUGGAUGCUGCUUCCUUGCUGCCUGUCCUAGCCCUUGGUCUGCAGCCUGGUGACACUGUGCUUGACUUAUGUGCAGCCCCUGGGGGGAAGACACUAGCACUGCUUCAGACUGGCUGUUGCCGCAAUCUUGCUGCCAAUGAUCUGUCCACUUCUCGAACAGGCAGACUACAGAGGGUCCUUCGCAGCUAUGUGCCUCAAGAUAUCAGGGAUAGAAAUCGGGUUCGAGUCACCUCAUGGGAUGGCAGGAAGUGGGGAGAACUGGAGGGAGACACCUAUGACCGGGUGCUGGUGGAUGUGCCCUGUACCACAGACCGCCAUUCCCUUCGUGAGGAGGAGAACAACAUCUUUCAGCGGUCGAGGAAGAAGGAACGGCAGAUGUUGCCUAUGCUUCAGGUGCAGCUGCUCGCGGCUGGACUCCUCGCCACCAAACCAGGAGGCCACGUUGUCUAUUCCACUUGUUCACUGUCACACUUACAGAACGAGUAUGUGGUGCAAGGCACCAUAGAGUUCCUGGCCAAUCAAUACAGCAUCAAGGUUCAGGUGGAAGACCUGACUCACUUCCGAAAGCUUUUCAUGGACACAUUUUCUUUCUUCCCAUCCUGCCAGGUUGGGGAGCUGGUAAUUCCAAACCUCUUGGCCAAUUUUGGGCCCAUGUACUUUUGCAAAAUGUGUAGGCUGACCUAGCAUCACCCUAUUCCUGAAGUCCUGGUGUGGGGAGGUGAAGGGUAUACUCCCAUGGCGGCACCAGAAACUGAGACCAGUGGCAAAGCUGCACCCUGGGUCCUAUCUCCAUCCUGUUUGUCUUUCUAGAGACAGUUUCCAUCAUUAGAAAAUAGGAGUUUUUCCAUCCUGCUGUCCAGUUGUGGAGCAUCAGCAGGUUUCUAACUCACUUAUUAUACCCUCUCCCCCUAUUUCUAGGCCUGUGCUAAAAGGUUCCUGCCCCAUUAGGGGCUUAGGAGGAGGAGCCAGUGACGAGGCCCACACUUUAAGCUAUAAACUUGGGAAGAAGCAUUUAGCCAAUAAAACUGUUGAAGCUCCACACACUGGGGCUGUAGUUGGGGUCUCACAUUGGUCCAAGUACUGUUAGUUCCAUUUGUACCAGCUGCUGUUACUGUGCUCUAGCUCCUAGGGCCCCGAAGCCCAGGAACUCAGCCUGGUUACAGACCUCUGGUUACAGAGCACCUCUCACACUUGGAGUUCUGUGUGAUCAGUACUCAGCAACCAACGCGCCCAAGCGACCCUCUGUAGUUUCUUCAGGUGGCCCAUGAUCUAAUUUAAGGAACAAGCAACUAAAAAUGUUAAGCCAAUCAUGAUAAUCUGCUUACUUGCAUGGAGAAAGCUCUCCCGAGCUGCAUCAUUGCAGCCACCUCCUGCUGUCCGUGUGGCUGAGAAAGCUGCUGCCACCACAGGGCUAUGAUCCUCUUCUGUGUGUUUCUGUCAUUCUUCAUUCAUCUAGCAAGUAUUCCUUGAGCUCCUGUAGGACAGGUAGCCAGGGAGCUGUUGGAGGUGUAGUAGCAGCUGGGAGAUGAGACUCAUCCAUCUUUAUGGCAGCUCUCCUCCUUUUGCUGAGCACCUAGGCAUCUCCUGAUGCCUUUUUCUGUUAUAUUAUGCUUUUUUUGUUUUGUUUUUCUUGUUCCUGAUCUGUGGCUGAGCUCCAGUUGUUUGGCCCAUGACCAAAUCCCUGAGAGCUAUUCCCCAGUAUCACAGGGGCUCACCUUCCAGAGGAUGUGAAGUUUGGGGCAAUAUUAUAUCAUUGCUGACUGUGUGCUCAUUAUGUUGUUUUUGUAACUUGAACAUAAAAAGGUAAUCCCUUAAUGGCAGGGAUAUUAAAAAUUGCUCGUGGUCACUUGCAAAAUACUGCUUUUUUUAAUUAAAAUUUUUUUUUUCUGAAAAACUGAUCCUUGUGCAGAAAAGGGAGUAUAAUUCUAGAACAUUUGUGUUCUUGGUUCUCCCCACUUUCUUUAUCCCUCCUCUUCCUCUUUCUGUCACUCAUUUUGCUCUUUAUACCUUUCCUGCCAAUUCUUGUUUUGGUAUUAGAGGUGUCAGCUGAGAAGGAUUUUGGAUAAGGUUAAGCCUUCUCUUUUCUUGGGAUUUGCAUUAUAACUGAGGGCCGUAGAAGAUCUUUCAUACUCAAAAUCAAGUGAAACUAGGAAGAGGGAGCCCCAGGGAGUAGAACUUUAAUUAGCUUCUGUGUGUGAUAUGUGGUGCCUGCCUGCUGUUUGCUCUUAGUAUUGGCUGAGACUGGGAGGCCUGGGUUUCUGCCCUUGGCCUCCUGGGUAUCCAGCCUGGUGCUAACUGAAUGCUAAGCAAUGCUAAUUCAGGAAGAGAUUGGGUCUCCUGCCCCUGGGGUCCCAGUCUAACCUGGACAGACUGACCCAGCUUGGAAAAGCAAAGAAUUACUUUGGAAAGAAGUUUGAAUAUCUCCUGUAAUUGAACAUUUACUUACCCUACAGCCCAGUUAUUCCAAUAUUAGGGGUAAAUCCAAGAGAAACUCCUCCAUAUACACUGGAAGAUUUGUACAAGAAUGUUCAUAGCAAUUCCAAAAGGAAAUGCAAAUGCCCAUGAGCAGUGGAGUGGGCAAAUAAACUGGAAUAUUCACACGAUGGAAUAUUAUAUGGCUGUCGAAUGAAGCACAGUGUUACAUAAUGAUAUAGAUGAAUCUUUAUAAUUAAAUAUUAAAUAAAAAAGUUCAAUCCCAAAAGAUUAAAUAUAGCAAUGAUGCCCUCUAAAAAAAGAAAACAAAAAUUUGUUAUUAUUUACAUACAAUAUAAUUGAUCAAUUUUAAAUGGAUUAAUGAAUUUUGAAAAUUAUACAUAAUAACAAUCACCAUAAAGUAUAGAAAAUAAUUCUUUUUUUUUUUUAAGAUUUUACUUAUUUAUUCAUGAGAGAGAGGGAGAGAGAGAGAGAGAGGGGCAGAGACACAGGCAGAGGGAGAAGCAGGGAGCCUGACUUGGGACUCGAUCCCGGGACUCCAAGACCAUGCCCUGGGCCGAAGGCAGGUGCUAAACUGCUGAGCCACCCAGGGAUCUCCAAUAAUUCUAUCUUCUAAAAACCUUCCUCGUGCUCCUUUGUACUCAGUCCCUUUCCCCCCACCCAUUCUUGGUCCCAGGAAACCACUGAUCUGCUUUCACUAUAGUUUAGCCUAUUCUAGAGUUAUUAAUAUGCCAUUUAAAGUCUGAAGCUCGGGAUCCCUGGGUGGUUCAGCGGUUUGGUGCCUGCCUUCGGCCCAGGGCAUGGUCCUGGAGACCCAGGAUCGAGUCCCACAUUGGGCUCCCUGCAUGGAGUCUGCUUCUCCCUCUGCCUGUGUCUCUGCCUCUCUCUUGAUCUGUGUCUCCCAUGAAUAAAUAAAUAAAAUCUUAAAAAAAAAAAAGUCUGAAGCUCCCCUGAUGACUCCCAGGGUCACUUUCUUUACUGAUGGUUUAUAACUGGCCUAACUGGUUAUGGGUGUCUGGCUUGAUUAUAUGGCCAGAGUAGCAUAAAAACCUUUCCUUGAACUUCUAAUUUGAGCUCCCUCAAAGCCAAGAUUCCUUACACAGACCAUGGUGAUUCAAACCAGAGACAGAAUGCUUUGUUCCACAUCCUUGCUAAUACCUGGUAUUGUCAGUUUUAAACUAUAUUCUAGUUGGUAUCUCUGAGCAUCUCAUUGUUUUAAUUUGCAUCUCUCUCAUGUUAUUAGAGUUAAGUACAACUAAGAAUUUAAAAACCUUUUUAAAGAACAUAUAUGCAGUAAAACUAUGUAAAAAGGAUGGAAGGAUUCUCACUGUGGGAUUCAAGAUAAUGGUUCCCAGGUAAGGGGGAUUGGUUGGAGCUGGAGGGAACAUAUUGUUAGAUUAGGUUAUUGUCAACUAAAUUAGUAAAAAG